ACGUGUGUUGUAAGCGGCCACUUCUGUCUAUUGUGUUUAUGUUGAGCUCUCCACAGUUGUGUCGUGAAUGGACGCGGCGUCACCGUUGAAGUUUGUGACCUGUCUUUACGACAUGGACUGGAAAACCUCUUAGAUAUCGGUCAUCUGUGCACACGGGCAAAAAUGAACAAAGGCUGGCUGGAGCUCGAGAGUGAUCCAGGACUUUUCACUCUACUGGUGGAGGAUUUUGGUGUGAAAGGUGUCCAGGUAGAGGAAAUCUAUGAUCUUCAAAGCAAGUGUCAAAGUCCCGUCUAUGGCUUCAUCUUCCUGUUCAAGUGGAUCGAGGAGCGUCGAUCCAGGAGGAAAGUCAACACGUUGGUGGAUGAGACUUCUGUCAUUGACGAGGAAAUUGUAAAUGAUAUGUUCUUUGCUCAUCAGCUGAUACCGAAUUCAUGUGCCACCCACGCCUUGUUGAGUGUGCUUCUGAACUGCAGUGGUGUUGAACUCUGCACCUCUCUUAGUCGCAUGAAGGCUUUCACAAAAGGCUUUAGUCCAGAGAGCAAAGGUUACGCAAUAGGAAAUGCCCCAGAGCUUGCCAGAGCACAUAACAGCCAUGCCAGACCGGAGCCCAGGCACCUGCCGGAGAAACAGAAUGGAAUAAGUGCUGUGCGGACCAUGGAAGCUUUCCACUUUGUUAGCUAUGUGCCCAUCAAAGACCGCCUCUUUGAGCUUGAUGGACUCAAGGCUUACCCCAUUGACCAUGGGCCUUGGGGAGAGGAGGAGGAAUGGACCGAUAAAGCUCGACGAGUUAUCAUGGAGAGGAUUGGACUGGCCACUGCUGGUGAGCCAUACCAUGAUAUCCGCUUCAACCUGAUGGCGGUGGUGCCUGACCGCAGAGUGAAGUACGAGUCCAAACUAGAAAUUCUAAAGAGGAAUCGACAGACUGUUCUGGAGGGUCUGCAGAAGAUGAUCCGGCUCACCCAGCCAGAGCUUGUGCAUGACAAGAAGCAGCAGGACUCCUCCUCUCCUGAUGACAGCGCCAUCAAGAAGGAGACAGAUGUGGAGCCAGUUACACCACAAAGGGCUGGUCAGGCAUCUCCAGUGGAUGAGUCAGGAGAUCAAUCAAAGGAUGCUCCUAGCCACUCAGGAAACACUAAGGUCAUGGGUAAACCAGCCGUCCCCACUGGAGGAGGUCCCAUCACCAGUCCCAACCCCAUAGUUCAACGCUUGCCUGCCUUCCUGGACAACCACAACUACGCUAAGUCUCCAAUGCAGGAGGAGGAGGAUCUUGCUGCUGGAGUUGGUCGCUCUCGUAUGCCGGUGCCUCCCAAGCCACCAUACUCCGAUGAUGAAGAUGACUAUGAGGACGAUGAGGAAGAAGUAACUGGUUCUGCCAGCACUUCAAACAGGUUUAGACGGAAAGCAAGUCUACGUUCAAGACCAGGACGGGUUGCGACUGGAAUGGAAAGCCAGAUUGCCCUGAGUGUCUUGGCUGAGAAACUGAAGAAAGAGGCUCAAAGGAAAGACGCAAUAAAUACGCCUCUUUCCGUGCGCACAGAAGGCCGCACUGGGGGCAUUUGUAUCACAUCUGCCUCGCAGCCCUCCCCCACACCCAGCAACGAAAGCACUGACACAGCCUCUGAGAUUGGCAGUGCCUUCAACUCGCCACUGCGCUCACCUGCGCGCUCCCAGGCUACCACGCGGCCGUCCAGUCCGGUUGCAUCCCAUCUGUCUCGGGUGCUGUUUGGAGAAGAUGAGAUGCUAAGGCUUGACUCCAGACAUAACCGCGCUGUAAGAGAACUGGGCCCGUCUGUCAGCAUAGCCUUGUUACACUUGCAGGAGGAUGGAGUCAUCUUUGCUCUCCUUCCAUCUGUAGAUUGUGCUGCUGAUGGCACUAAGCAACCUUGUACUCUCGAGAAGACAAAAGAGGAAGAGCAAGAAGAACUCAUAGCAAGAGAGAAGGAAGGAGAAAACAAGGGAGACGCUGGACCAUCUGUGGAGUUGAAAGAAGAGGAGAGCAAAGAUGGAGCAGAGGUGAAACCCAGCAAGGAAAAACUCACUGCUACAGAAACUGCUGCAGGCAGCAAGCCCCCCGGGGAUAAGUAUUCACCGAAAGAGCUGCUUGCGCUGCUUAAGUGUGUAGAGGCCGAUAUCGCCAAUUACGAGGUGUAUCUGAAGGAAGAAGUGGAAAAGAGAAAGAAAUACAAAAUUGAUGAUCAGAGGAGGACCCAUAAUUAUGAUGAGUUCAUCUGCACCUUUAUUUCAAUGCUGGCCCAAGAAGGAAUGUUGGCCAGCCUCGUGGAGCAAAACAUUUCCGUGCGUCGUCGCCAGGGAGUAAGUAUUGGCCGCUUGCACAAACAGAGGAAGCCGGACCGCAGGAAACGCUCUCGGCCUUACAAAGCCAAACGGCAGUAAUUACAAACAAUCAUAACUUCUGUGAGUAACGGAGACAAAUAAGCUGCUGCACUCCUGAAGUCCUCUCGUUAAAGACAGUUUAGUGUCGCAUUUUUCUCUGAGCCUCCUCAUCUUCAUGAAAUCCACCAUGUAUUUGGUCUGUUUUUUUAUCCCUUAUGUAUAUAUGUACCUCAAUUUUAGUCUCAAUGUAAAAUUUCUUCUUGUGCCAAUGCUAUCAGCAGUUUGUAAAUAUGAAGAAAGGCUUAUCCCCAGUGAUGAACCAGUAUGCUUUUUAUCGAACAAUAUUCUCUACUCUUGUGGUCAGUAGAGUUUUGAGUCAUUUGUUGGAACAUUAGUUUCUCUGAAACACCUCUGUAAAUCACUAAAUGCACACUUUGGCAACCAUAAGUCAGAAUUUCUUCAUCUGUGUCUCUAUUUUGUGUAUUUCCACAGUGCCAAUGAAGUACUGAUAAUGUUUUGACAAAAAAGGUCACAUUUUAUUCAUCCACAGCAUUUCAGCUUCCGUGUAUUCAGUGCAGGUAAUUCACUGUAUAAAUAUAAAAAGCAUAUUUUAAUCACAUUCUUCAUAGACGCUUUUAAUGUCAAGAAGAAGCCAUGAUGCAUCGGGGGUAGUUUUUUUCAACUGAGAGUCUCUAGCUGUGUGUAUUUCUCUUGAGGUCCUGUGCGAAUGGAAAAACAAGCUCUUGUGUUAUUUUUGUACCUGAAAUGGAUCUCAGAAAUGAUUGACCAUUACAUUGAACGUGUGCAGUUGUGUGUUUUGUACAUAUGUAUCUGUUAAUUGACUUACUUGUAUGAUGAGUCUAGUCGUUCUUUGUGCUUGCUAAUUCAUAUUAAAAUAAAGUCAGGUCAAAUACCUCGCUAUAA